CAGCUCAGUCGGGUGCCAGCUACCGUCAUCAGCUCAGUCAGACAGUCAUAUGACCAGCACUCCGCUGUCAUCUAUGUUGUGCAGCACCGGUUAGCUAAACUCACCGAAGACCGUUCCCCAUUCUCAACUUGCCGUACAUUUUCCCAACAAUGGCAACAUUGGUGGCAAACAGGGCGAUGGACAACGGCCUGGCAGCAGCAGCGAGGACCCACACUCAAGCCGUGACCAGAAAUUACAUCUCUCAACCAAGGCUAACUUAUUCAACAGUGUCAGGAGUGAAUGGACCCUUAGUGAUUCUGGAUAAUGUCAAGUUCCCGAGAUAUGCUGAAAUUGUUCACCUGACUUUGCCUGAUGGCACAAAAAGGAGUGGUCAAGUCCUUGAGGUGAUCGGUAGCAAGGCAGUUGUUCAGGUGUUUGAGGGAACAUCAGGCAUUGACGCCAAGAAGACAGCCUGCGAGUUUACAGGAGAUAUCCUGCGUACACCAGUUUCUGAGGAUAUGCUUGGGCGGGUGUUCAACGGCUCAGGCAAACCAAUCGACCGUGGACCUAGUGUUCUGGCUGAAGACUAUUUGGACAUUAUGGGUCAGCCUAUCAACCCUCAGUGCCGCAUCUACCCUGAAGAAAUGAUCCAGACUGGCAUCUCUGCUAUUGAUGGCAUGAACAGUAUUGCCAGAGGACAGAAGAUCCCCAUUUUCUCCGCCGCUGGGUUACCCCACAAUGAAAUUGCAGCCCAGAUCUGUCGGCAAGCCGGCUUGGUGCAGAAAUCCAAGGAUGUGAUGGACUACAGCUCGGAAAACUUUGCCAUUGUGUUUGCAGCCAUGGGGGUCAACAUGGAAACUGCUCGUUUCUUCAAGUCUGAUUUUGAAGAAAACGGUUCAAUGGAUAAUGUUUGCCUUUUCUUGAAUCUGGCCAAUGAUCCCACGAUUGAACGUAUCAUUACUCCUCGCCUGGCAUUGACUACAGCAGAAUAUCUGGCCUACCAGUGUGAGAAACACGUCCUGGUUAUCCUCACCGAUAUGAGUUCCUAUGCUGAGGCUCUGAGAGAGGUGUCUGCUGCCAGAGAAGAGGUGCCUGGCCGCCGAGGCUUCCCCGGUUACAUGUACACUGACUUGGCCACCAUUUAUGAACGUGCUGGGCGAGUUGAGGGCAGGAAUGGCUCCAUCACCCAGAUCCCCAUUCUCACAAUGCCCAAUGACGACAUCACCCAUCCGAUUCCUGAUCUGACGGGAUACAUCACUGAGGGUCAGGUGUAUGUGGACAGGCAGCUGCACAACCGUCAGAUUUACCCACCCAUCAAUGUUUUGCCCUCUUUGUCCCGUCUGAUGAAGUCAGCCAUUGGAGAGGGUAUGACCAGGAAGGACCACGCUGAUGUCUCAAACCAGCUGUAUGCCUGCUAUGCUAUUGGCAAGGAUGUUCAGGCCAUGAAGGCUGUUGUGGGAGAAGAAGCCCUCACUUCUGAUGACCUGCUCUACCUUGAGUUUCUACAGAAAUUUGAGAAGAACUUCAUUGCCCAGGGCCCAUACGACAACAGGACGGUGUACGAAACCUUGGACAUCGGCUGGCAGCUGCUCCGAAUCUUCCCCAAGGAAAUGCUGAAGAGGAUUCCUCAGAGCACGUUGGCCGAGUUUUAUCCCAGGGAGUCUGCUGCUCGCCACUGAGGCGCCAAAAAGGAAUUUUGUGGUUCUUUGUCAUCUCAUCUUCUUACAAGCAUCCUCCUCCCUCUAUGAUGCCAGCAGUCUUCUUCCUUCUACCUUGUGGCAUGGCGAUGAAUGUUGUUGAGCACCCCUGAUCCUAAAGCUUACUUCCUUGCCCCAAAGUGACCUUCCAUGAUACCCAUGUCCCUAAAAUACCCUUCUAUCGCACCACAAGAUCACAGUAGUAAAUUGAUGUCUGUGUACUGUUAGUGUAUCCUUCUGCAAAGUAUGUGGUAUAUGAAAAGUAAUCUGUGGUUGUAUUUAUGACAAAGAAAUGUGAUCAUAUCUGUAAACCUUUAGUCAAGCCCAUAUUACAUAUGUUACUGCUGGAUUCUCCACAUUUU